GAUAAGUAAAAAGAAUGACAAACAGUUUUAUUCUAUGAAUUAAUGGAUGUACAAUGAAAUGAAAUCAUCAUCACGGUCAUCUACAUACACGUGUGAACACCAAAACAAUGAAUCACAAAAUAAAUCAUCAUCAGAUCGAUCCCGUCCGUCGAAUCAACAAACACAUCAACGACAAGUAUAAAUAGAAAGAUAAUAAUAAUAACACAUCAAAACAAAAACGCUAACUCAAAAUAAAACCAGAGGAAAAUAAAUCAAAUCGAUCCCAUCCGCCCGUCAAAGAAAAGUAAGAUCAACGGCCAAAGAGCCUCCACGUGGAAAAACCCUAGAAAGCAAUGGCGAAGAUAGCAGCAGAGAGAGCAGUUGCUGCCAUGAUGGGUUUGUUGAUGGAGAAUGCUGCUGAGGGUGAAGGUGGGGCAUCAGUACUGCCGGGACCGGGUGCUGGACCACCGGGACCGGGUGCUGGAGGAGAGGAGGAAGUAGAAUCUGGAGUGGGUGCAUCAGAAGUAGGUGUUGGUGCUGGAGGGGAAGUUGCUGGUGCAGGAGUGGCUGGAGUGGGAGCAGCUGCUGGUGGUGGUGUGGCUGUUGGAGGAGUAGCUGUUGGUGGAGUGGCUGUGGGUGGAGUAGCUACAGGUGCUGGGGUUGGUGGAGUUGGGGUUGCUGAUGGUGGUUGUGUUGGUGCAGCACCUGGUGCUUGUGCAAAACAAGAGGUGGCUAGAAGACCUAAGAUGAGAAAAACUUGUACUGCUGCAUAGGAAGCCAUUUUUGUGAUGGAGAGAGGUUUGUAGGAGAGAAAAGAUGAGAAAUUGAGAGAGUAGUGGACAAUGAAUGGAAAAGGAGGAGAAUAUAUAAAAAGAGGGGUAAGGUUUA